AUUGUUUCACAAAGUGAUGGAUAAUUUCAUCAGUUUGUAAUUUGAGCUCUGCAUUGCUAUUAUUCGAAUUCGAAUCUUGAUUGCUAAUUUAACAUAGAAACAUUAAUUUCCAAAAUACUAUUGUUUACAAUUUAAAAGUAAAACAAUUUUGUGAACAGUGGCUUUGAAAUAAAUUUUAAAAACGUGCUCAGCGAAACUGUUUUUAUCAUUGAAUGGCCGCUCAUAUUAAUGUUGACGUAAUAGUGUUCAAUCGAUGUAUUCAAGCAAUGUAUUACAGAAGUACAAAUGCAUGACAUUUUAACGAAGUUGUUGUCGAUUAGAACAAACACCGUAUUUCAUUCAUUCAGUCAGUGAAUUGAAUUUUUUUUUGUUAGUAUAAUUAUUUUUAGUUUUGUGAUACGACGAUAAGAAAAAUAUAAUUUCUUUAUUCGAAGAGUAACGAGAAAAUUUGAAUGGAAACAUGUCAACCCAACCAACGAUUGUGACAAAAAAUUUGAACCGAAAUGGUGGUUUGAAAAUUCGUACGCCGCCAAAAAUUACGGCACAACAAGAAAAGGAUCUCCGAGAUCAGUUGCACGCUGAAAUUGCAAAUAAAACAAAAGCCUGUUCAAACAUUGCGUAUGAAUGUUCAUUGCCGCGAAUUGAUGGAUACGAAUACUGCAUACGGCACAUUCUUCAAGAUCCAACCGCUCCAUAUUUAAUGUGUACAUUUUUGUUGACCAAUGGUAAACGAUGUUUGCAACCAGCCCCAAAAUAUGAUCCAAAAAAAGAUGUUUUAACCAGCUACUGUUUUGAACACAGUAGACUAGCGCAGCUUACCAAAACACGAACCAGCAUCGGAAAAUUUAAAGCAGUCGAUACAAAUGAUACAAUUCUAAAUGAAUUGACGCAUCAUUUGAACCUAAGUAAAACCAAAAAUCUUAUUAACAAUGUGAAUUCAAGUAAUAUUACCGUUCGUAGUCCAUAUGAUGGAAACGAUGUCGAUCAACGUGACGAAAAACCAGUUAUUGACCCAUUUAUUGAUGUAAAUGCAGCCUCUAUAAAUACAAGCGGACGAAAAAUCUUAGACUACGCUUCAGAUAGUUCAUCUGAUUUGGAAUUACCAACAUUGAACAAUACAUGGCGUGGUCAAGAUUUGGAUAAUUCUGAUAAUGAAAGCGUUGACUCCCAAAAUGAAGAUUUUUUAAAGCAUGCCGAAGUUUAUACAACAGAAUUAGUUACCAAAAUAACAACAGAAAAAUUAAUGCGUUUACGAGCAUUGUACAUCGAUCAAUUGUAUCGACUAAAACAUUUACUGCGCGAGAAGCGCCGAAACUAUUUGCAUACACUUCGAACGGAGCGAGAAACCUUGUGUAGUAUUCACGAACAAACAAAAGAUACGAUCUCAGAACGUAAAAUUUAUGAAAAACUGAAGGCUUUGAAUAAAUAUCAAAGGCGAAAUGGUGUGGAAGCUAUUCUACAUAAGAAGUUUCUUGAAAAGAGACAAAAAAGCCGCGAUGGUGUUUUAGUACCUUCAAAACCAUCGUUUCACAUGCGUUGUGUUUUUACUGAGGGCGGUGUUAAAUGUGGUGACCGAAUAAUUCCAUCAAGUAAAUAUUGUCGAAAACAUAUUCUAGAAGACAAAAAACAAGUGCUUUUUCGAGCAUGUAACAUUGAAAAAGCUGGUGUGAUUUGUAAAGAGCCAAUGCCUGGUAUUUUUGAAGAUACAACGUGCACGUUACAUAUUCAACUGCCACCACAACGAAACUAUUCACAGAAGAAGUACGAAUCAGAUUCGGAUGAAGAAACAAUAUCGGAAUUCAAUUCAACUAAUAUAAAAAAGGAGGAUACCAAUGAAACAGAAAAAUCACAGAUGGACUCUUCUCAAGUGGUGUCAGCGAUUGAAUUCAAAAUCGAAGCAAAAGAGGAACCAAAAGAAAAUUCCAUACCAAAUGACGCCGAUAAAAAUGUCACCAUUUGCCAUGAUACAAGCGAACAUAAACCAGCCGAUAUUGAAAUUAAAACCGAAAUAACUGACGUUCAACCAAUGGAACAUUAAAUUAAUUUUUCAUUUUGUAUUCCUAUUUAGUGGUCAUAAGAAUCAAAACAUUAAAGAUUCGAUUGUUUUUUGAUUAAAAAAGAA